AUGUAAUCAGACAUUAUUUAAUAUGAAGAAGUCAUAAAACUAAUAAAAGAAUUUUAAGAUAAGAGAAUUUAUCUAAAAUAUUUUGUAGAAUACGAAAAACCUCCUUAUUAAGUAAUUAUAUUUGAUAAAAUUAGAGAUAAUUAUAUGAAUUUUGGGUUAAAACAAUUGAUAAGUUAACAGAAAAUAUUUUAAAAACAAGCCUCAUAAAAGUGUAGGAACUUUAGAAUUUAUUUUCAUUAUUUGAAUAUAAACCAUUAUGCCUUUAAAAUGUUUUGGCUUAAAUGUAUAAGGAAAAUAAAAUAGCAAUGGAAGGGUAUAAAUCUAAAGCUGUGAAAAUAUUACUUAAAUCUGAUAAUGAAGAUGUUGAAGAUCAAAUAAACAAUAAGAAUCAUCAACUCUAGAUUUUAUGGAAUCCAUUAAAAAAGGCUUUCGAUAAAUUUUUAAUGAAAACUAAAAAUAAGACAGAAAAAAAAUGUCCUUAUUUCUUUCAUAUAAAAUAUUUUAAAGAAAACACAAUUAAAUUUAAAUAAGCAGUAGAAGAAGUUUCAAUUAAUUAAUUUAAUACAUUUACUAUAAAAUAAUUGAUGAAAGUGAUUAAUUUACCUUAAAGGGAAAUUUAAUUUUUAAUAAGUAUAUUUCUAGAAGCAAAUUUGAUCUAGAGUGUAGGAUGUUUUACUAUAGAUUCUGUUAAAUAAGAAGUGUUUAUAUAUAAAUCAAUGUGGAUUGUUGAUAGCAAUAGUCUUGAAAUAGCAAAAAAUUAAACAUUAUUUUCAUUAAAAUGUAUUAAUUAAAUAAUUUAUAAUAGACUAAGAAAUUUUAAAUUCUUAAGAAAGAGAUGAAUGUUAUCAUAAUAUUGAAUUAAAAGAAAAGCUAAUAANAUAUUAAUAAUCAGAGUCACUAUCAUAUAUUUUCAGAUCAUUAACAUCAAGGUUUAAAAAUAAAUAUUUCAGAUUCUUUCUUGGAUUAGCUUGUUUAAUUGGAUUGUUAGGGUUUCUCUUUUUUUCUGUACAAAAUUUUUUCAAGACACAAGCAUUUCUAAUUUAUUAUUAACCAGAUAGAGUGAUUUUUGGAAUAUUAAAAUCAAAUAGAAGUGCUCCUAGUACAGGAGUUUAGGAUCUUUAUUUUUGUUAUUUCAUUUAUCAAACAGUAUGUUGUUAAAAUUAUUUAUACUUAAUUCUAAUAAAUAAAUUAAUGUAAUCAGACAUUAUUUAAUAUGAAGAAGUCAUAAAACUAAUAAAAGAAUUUUAAGAUAAGAGAAUUUAUCUAAAAUAUUUUGUAGAAUACGAAAAACCUCCUUAUUAAGUAAUUAUAUUUGAUAAAAUUAGAGAUAAUUAUAUGAAUUUUGGGUUAAAACAAUUGAUAAGUUAACAGAAAAUAUUUUAAAAACAAGCCUCAUAAAAGUGUAGGAACUUUAGAAUUUAUUUUCAUUAUUUGAAUAUAAACCAUUAUGCCUUUAAAAUGUUUUGGCUUAAAUGUAUAAGGAAAAUAAAAUAGCAAUGGAAGGGUAUAAAUCUAAAGCUGUGAAAAUAUUACUUAAAUCUGAUAAUGAAGAUGUUGAAGAUCAAAUAAACAAUAAGAAUCAUCAACUCUAGAUUUUAUGGAAUCCAUUAAAAAAGGCUUUCGAUAAAUUUUUAAUGAAAACUAAAAAUAAGACAGAAAAAAAAUGUCCUUAUUUCUUUCAUAUAAAAUAUUUUAAAGAAAACACAAUUAAAUUUAAAUAAGCAGUAGAAGAAGUUUCAAUUAAUUAAUUUAAUACAUUUACUAUAAAAUAAUUGAUGAAAGUGAUUAAUUUACCUUAAAGGGAAAUUUAAUUUUUAAUAAGUAUAUUUCUAGAAGCAAAUUUGAUCUAGAGUGUAGGAUGUUUUACUAUAGAUUCUGUUAAAUAAGAAGUGUUUAUAUAUAAAUCAAUGUGGAUUGUUGAUAGCAAUAGUCUUGAAAUAGCAAAAAAUUAAACAUUAUUUUCAUUAAAAUGUAUUAAUUAAAUAAUUUAUAAUAGACUAAGAAAUUUUAAAUUCUUAAGAAAGAGAUGAAUGUUAUCAUAAUAUUGAAUUAAAAGAAAAGCUAAUAAGAAAGAAAAUACUUGAUAGAAAAUCUCCUAAUGAAAUAAAGUUUCAUAUUGCUGAAAAACUUUAGUUAGAAAAAUGGGUUGAAAACUAUGAAAAUCGAUUAUUAAUAAUGUAACAGAGUUAAGUUCGUUUAAAAACAGCUGAUUCUGAUCUUUAAAUAUAAGAUAUUAUUUGUAAGUAUUUAAUAAUGAUGAUUAUUAGAGUAAGUAAAUCACAUACUGAAAAAUCAUGAAAUAGAUAAUUUAGGAUUGUAAGAUAAUAUAAAUGAAAUGAUGGAUCAUCGUUAAUAGUAAGAAGAAACUCUUUAAAUAAUGAAAAGAUAUGAAUCAACAGAGAUCGAAACUUUAUAUAAUAAAUAUUUGGAAGAAAACUAAUAAGUCGAUAUAUAGGAGGGAUAGAUAAAAAAUAGUAAUUACCCUGCAAUGGUAUAAUUAUAAAAAGUAGAUUAAAAUAAAAAUGGAGAGGAAAGAAUUUCAUAAAUGCUACAAAUGGAAUAAUGA